GACAAAAAGACAUUAAACUCUCCGUAAAUUUUUUAUUUGUAGCCGCCAUUGAUAAAAAAGCGGCAUUGAUAUCAGUGUGAAAUAAUUGUAAAAAUUAUAAAUAAAUAAAAUUGAAUAUUUAUCUAUUUCAUUAGUUUGCGUUCAUUUAAUUAGUUGAACAAUAAAGAAGAACUAUGGCUACAGAUGAUGAGAACGAUGAUUCUUUUCAAGGAAAGGAAUUCCAAGAUGAACAACCUGCAGGAUCUGCUGAAGUUUCUGCUGAUUCUGAUGAGACCCCUCUUAAAGUAAAUCAGGAUGAUGACGAUGAUGAUUACGAGCCAGAUGAAAAUAAGAAACGAAAGAAAAAUAAAAGACGUCGUGGAAAAAAUGACAAAGAAAAAACUCGUAAAAAAAAGAGAAGAAAGAAGAAUGAUUCUGAAGAAGAAAGCGACUUUCAUGCGGAAGAAGGUGAAGGUAGCUCCUACUCCAGAAAAAGCAGAAGAAAAAAAGAUCAGGAACCUGCUAAAGAUUCAAAAGAUUCUUCAAAUGCGGGCAUGCCUGGUGUAGAGGAUGUUUGUUCGGCUUUUGGACUUAAUGAUGUUUCAAUUGAUUUUACUGAAAGUGAAUAUCAAAGCUUAACUUCAUACAAAUUGUUUCAACAGCAUGUUCGUCCUAUUCUACAAAAAGAAAAUCCAAAGGUACCAAUGCCAAAAUUGAUGAUGCUUGUUGCCGCUAAGUGGCGUGAAUUCACAGAAGAUAACCCCAAUUUGGAGAAUUCUGCAGGAAAAGAAGAAGAGGAUGACGAAUUUGGAAAAGAAGAAAAUGAGCAGAAUAAAACUGCUAAAUCAAGAUCUUCUAAGUCCGAUGAAGAAGAAGAAGGUGAGGAAGAGGAGCCAGAACCUGAAAGAGAGCCAGAACCAGAACAAAGGGUAUCAAGAAAGAAAAGAGGUAGAGGAAAAAAAGGAAGGAAAGGUUCUGGUAGAAUACCAACUUUAAAAAUAAAAUUUGGAGCUAAACGCAGAAGAAACAGUUCUGACGAUGAUCAAGAGGCUAGUGCAUCUGAACGAGACUCUGAUUUAGAAUUUGAAAAAAUGCUUCAAAAAUCAGAAGAAAGUGCUAGGGAAGCAAACACAAAAAGUGAUGAAAAUUCAACAGAAGCUCCUGCUGUUGUCAAAAAAGCCAAAACUAAAAUUGGCAAUAAAUACAAACGUAAGAAGAAAACUAAUAAAAGCAAAAUUGAACCAGAAGAUAUUGAACACCAAGAUUACUGCGAAGUUUGUCAGCAAGGUGGUGAAAUUAUUCUUUGCGAUACUUGCCCCCGUGCUUAUCAUUUAGUUUGCCUAGAGCCUGAACUUGAAGAGGCACCUGAAGGUAAGUGGUCAUGUCCACAGUGCGAAGCUGAAGGUCCUAUGGAGGCUGAUGACGACGAUGAGCAUCAGGAAUUUUGCAGAGUAUGUAAGGAUGGUGGUGAACUUUUAUGUUGUGACUCUUGCCCAUCAGCCUAUCACACAUUUUGUUUAAAUCCUCCUCUUGAUACUAUACCAGACGGCGACUGGCGUUGUCCACGCUGCAGUUGCCCGCCUUUAUCUGGUAAAGCGGUUAAAAUUUUAACAUGGCGAUGGAAAGAAUCUAAAGGAGGUGAGGGCUCAUCAAAGAAAAAACCUCCGAGAGAAAGAGAAUAUUUUGUAAAAAUGAAAGAUCGUUCUUAUUGGAACUGUGAAUGGGUUUCAGAAUUGCAACUUGACGUACAUCAUUCACUCAUGUUAAGAAUGUUUGUUCGCAAAUUUGACAUGGAGGAACCCCCUAAAUUUGAAGAAUCUCUUGAUGAAGCUGACAAUAGAUAUUUGCGAAUCCAAAAACACAAAACCCUUGGAGGAGAAGGUGAUAGCAAACUUUGCGAUGAAACGUACUUGGAAGAAAAUUAUUAUCGAUAUGGAGUCAAACCAGAAUGGCUAAUUGUACAUCGUGUUAUUAAUCAUAGAACAGCAAGAGAUGGUAGCAACGUUUAUCUUGUCAAAUGGCGAGAAUUGGGAUAUGAUAUGGCUACUUGGGAGGAAGAAACUGAAGAUAUUCCUGGCUUAAAAAAUGCCAUUGAAUAUUAUCACGAUCUAAGAGCAGCUUGCCUAAAUGAGGCAAAUAUACGUCGGAAAGGAAAAAAAGGUCGCAAAUCAAAAAAUAAAGAUGAGGAUGAAGACAGAACAAUAAAACGAUUUACUCCACCUCCAGAAAAACCAGUCACUAAUUUGUCAAAAAAAUUAGAAGUUCAACCAAAAUAUUUAGACGAGACCGGUAUGCAGUUGCAUCAAUAUCAAAUGGAGGGAUUAAAUUGGUUACGAUAUUCAUGGGCUAAUAAUAUAGAUACUAUUUUGGCAGACGAAAUGGGUCUUGGAAAAACAAUACAGACAGUUACGUUCCUUUAUUCUCUUUACAAAGAAGGGCAUUGUAAAGGGCCGUUUUUGGUAGCGGUUCCAUUAUCAACAAUUAUUAAUUGGGAAAGAGAAUUCGAAACAUGGGCACCAGAAUUUUAUGUGAUUACUUACGUUGGAUUGAAGGAAUCAAGAAUUGUGAUAAGAGAGAAUGAAUUAUCUUUUGAAGAAAACGCUGUUAGAGCUGGUGGCAAAGCCUCGCGUAUCAGAUCUAAUACAAUAAAAUUUCAUGUUUUGCUGACGAGUUAUGAAUUAGUUUCAAUGGACUCAGCUUGUUUAGGGUCAAUAGAUUGGGCUGUACUUGUAGUUGAUGAGGCACAUAGAUUAAAAAGUAACCAGAGUAAAUUUUUCAGAGUGUUGAACAGUUACAGUAUCGCUUACAAAUUACUGUUAACUGGUACACCACUGCAAAAUAACUUGGAGGAACUUUUCCACUUAUUAAACUUUUUGAAUCGCGAAAAAUUCAAUGACCUCCAAGCUUUUCAGAGUGAAUUUGCAGAUGUUGCAAAAGAGGAACAAGUGAAGAGAUUGCAUGAUAUGUUAGGACCACACAUGCUGCGUCGUUUGAAAGCUGAUGUGUUAAAAAAUAUGCCUUCAAAAUCGGAAUUCAUAGUUCGCGUAGAAUUGUCGCCUAUGCAAAAGAAAUUUUAUAAAUAUAUAUUAACAAGAAAUUUUGAAGCUCUCAACUCCAAGUCUGGUGGGAACUCCUGCUCGCUCAUUAACAUAAUGAUGGACCUUAAAAAAUGUUGCAAUCACCCAUACCUGUUUCCAGCUGCUUCAGAAGAAGCCCCGCUGACAUCUGGUGGAGGAUACGAACUACAGGCGAUGACGAAAGCCUCUGGAAAAUUAAUACUUUUAGCUAAAAUGCUUAAACAACUCAAAGAAACCGGUCAUCGUGUUUUAAUUUUCUCUCAAAUGACGAAAAUGUUGGAUAUUUUAGAAGAUUUUCUGGAGGGUGAGGGAUAUAAAUAUGAAAGAAUCGAUGGAUCAAUUACAGGAAAUUUACGACAAGAAGCCAUCGAUCGCUUCAAUGCACCUGGAGCUCCUCAAUUUGCAUUUCUUUUAAGUACUCGAGCUGGCGGUUUAGGAAUUAAUUUAGCCACAGCGGAUACUGUUAUAAUUUAUGAUUCAGAUUGGAAUCCUCAUAACGAUAUUCAAGCAUUUUCUAGAGCUCAUCGAAUUGGUCAAGCCAAUAAAGUAAUGAUUUAUCGUUUUGUUACUCGUAACUCAGUUGAAGAGAGAGUUACUCAAGUAGCUAAACGGAAAAUGAUGUUAACACAUUUGGUUGUUCGACCAGGAAUAGGAGGCAAAGGUGCCAAUUUCACAAAACAAGAGUUAGACGAUAUUUUAAGAUUUGGUACUGAAGAACUUUUCAAAGAAGAUCAAAAAGAAGAUGAAGCUAUACAUUAUGAUGAUAAGGCGGUGGCUGAACUUUUAGAUCGUUCCAAUAGAGGAAUAGAGGAAAAAGAAAGCUGGGCAAAUGAAUAUUUGUCAUCUUUCAAGGUUGCCUCAUAUGCUACAAAAGAAGAAAAUCAAGAAGAAGAGACUGAAGUUAUUAAGCAAGAAGCCGAAAACUCUGAUCCUGCUUAUUGGGUCAAAUUAUUACGCCACCAUUACGAACAACAUCAAGAAGAUGUUGGUAGAACCCUUGGCAAAGGUAAACGUGUCCGUAAGCAGGUGAAUUAUACAGACGGUGGCGUGGUUACUACUGAGUCUAGAGAUGACGCAAAUUGGCAGGAAAAUGUAUCAGAUUAUAAUUCCGAUUAUUCUGGAUCAGAUCAAGAAGGUGAAGAUGAUGAUUUCGAUGAGCGUAAUGAGAAUGGCGAUAUAAGUCGUCGUGCAAAACGUCGAUUGGAAAGAAGAGAAGACCGCGAUCGACCACUUCCACCACUCUUAGCUAGGGUUGGAGGUAAUAUUGAAAUCUUAGGAUUUAAUGCCCGACAACGCAAGAGUUUCCUGAACGCUAUAAUGCGCUACGGUAUGCCACCACAGGAUGCUUUUAAUUCACAAUGGUUAGUUCGUGAUUUAAGAGGAAAAUCGGAAAGAAAUUUUAAGGCCUACGUUUCGUUAUUCAUGCGACACCUUUGUGAGCCUGGAGCUGACAAUUCCGAGACGUAUGCGGAUGGUGUUCCUAGAGAAGGUUUAAGCAGGCAACAUGUUUUAACUCGUAUUGGUGUUAUGUCUUUAAUAAGAAAAAAGGUGCAAGAAUUUGAGCACAUAAAUGGAUAUUACAGUAUGCCAGAACUUAUAAGAAAACCUUGUGAACCCGUGAGAUCAAAUCAAAAUCAAAAUCAUAAUAACUCUAACGAAAGUGGCGAAAAAAGUACAACACCAAGUACCGUUGUGACACCAUCGACAAGUGCAGCAGCAAGUCCAGCUCCACAAUCUGAAAAAGAAGAUGAUAAAACUGUUCAAGACGAUCCUGAUAAAACUACUGAUGUUGUUAAGACUGAAAAUUUUGCUAUUAAAGACGAAAAGUCAGAACUCGAAAAAUCUAAUAAAGAUAGAUCUAAAGAGGAGAAUGAAAUAAAUUCGAACGAACCACUCUCUUUAAAAAAAGAGGUGAGAGAUUCUGAGGCAAGCAAAGCGAAAACUGAAGACGAUAAAAAAGAUGUAAAAGAUUCUAAUAUGGAUGCAAAUAAAUCAGAAAAAACUUUUCCCGUACCGGUUGAUCAAGAUGAUGACGACGAUGUUGUUAUAAUAAAAGACGAUGGAGAAAUCGAAAAACCCAAAGAGCGCAAAGAUGUAAAAACUGAAGAAACUUUGGAAGUACAUAAAAGGAAUUUUAUGUUCAAUAUUGCUGAUGGUGGUUUUACUGAACUUCAUACACUUUGGCUUAACGAAGAAAAAGCUGCGGUUCCUGGCAGAGAAUACGAAAUAUGGCACCGCCGUCACGAUUAUUGGCUUUUAGCUGGAAUUGUUACACAUGGGUACGGUCGUUGGCAAGAUAUUCAGAAUGACAUAAGAUUUGCUAUAAUAAAUGAGCCGUUUAAAAUGGAUGUUGGUAAAGGCAAUUUUCUUGAAAUCAAAAAUAAAUUUCUCGCAAGGCGGUUUAAACUGUUAGAACAAGCCUUAGUUAUAGAAGAGCAGUUAAGGCGCGCAGCAUAUUUGAAUUUGUCACAAGAUCCAAAUCAUCCUGCUAUGUCAUUGAAUGCUAGAUUUGCUGAAGUUGAAUGCUUAGCUGAAUCUCAUCAACAUUUAAGUAAGGAAUCUUUAGCUGGGAAUAAACCUGCUAAUGCUGUUUUACACAAAGUCCUUAAUCAAUUAGAAGAACUCCUAUCUGAUAUGAAAAGUGAUGUAUCAAGAUUACCAGCUACAUUAGCGAGAAUUCCACCAGUUGCCCAGCGUUUACAAAUGUCAGAAAGAUCUAUAUUGUCUAGAUUAGCAGCUACAGCUGGAAAUGCACACAAUCCUGGUUUGUUAUUGCAAACAAUGCCACAAUUUCCAGCUGGUUUUCAAGGUUCAACAUUACCUGCUUUUGUUGGAGGUCCGGCAGGCAAUUUUUCUUCAUUUAGACCAACAUUUUCAGUACCAGGGCAGAAUACAUCUAACAAUUUCCCUAACGCAAAUACUAAUUCAUCUAAUUGAAAUUAUAAUUUACUUUAAAAUUGAAUUAAUUAUAAUAUAUUGAUAAUAUGUUGUUAUAUGUAAUUGUAUGCAUAUAUUUUCAGUUUUUAAGGGAAUUUUCGCAUUAAUUUAUAAAGAUUUAUAAUAUAUAUUAUUUCACAAUUUAAUUUUAAAAAAUUAGUUUAAAUAUUUUAACAAAAAUCAAAUUUGUAUUAACACAUUACAUAUUGAUAUAUUUUUUGCUUUAAUAUAAAAUUUCAUAUUAUUAUAAUUGUAAUAUGUAUUAAAAUUUUCAACACAAGGAAAAAAGCAAAAAAAAAAAAAGAUAAAAUAGAAAAUUUUCAUUCCAAAUAAACACAAAUUUCAAAUGAGUGGAAACAAUAAAAAGAUACAUAAUUCGUUUUAUAAAUUAAAUGACAUUUUAAUAAAGAAAUAUAAUCUGUGCGUAGUUAAUCUAAAAAAUAUUUGUAUCAGAUUCAUUAAUCCGUGAAAAUUAAAUGAAAAAUGAACUUAAAGUAGAAAUAUUUUAAAAUUCAAAAAUUUUUAUUAUGUAAGUCCUUUAGUUUUAAAACAAGUAUUAAAUUAAAUAAAAAUAAAAAAAAAAAAAUUUUUUUUUGGAAAAUUUAGAA